CUGUGUACUGUAUGAUUAUAGAUUGUGUUAGAAGAGAGAGAGAGAGAGAGAAAGACAGCCAAGAUGAGUAAUGUAAAGAUGACCCAGUUUGUGCUGGAGCUGAAGUCUCGGCAUGAGGAAACACGAGUGAAGGCUGCUUGUGACCUUCAGCGCUAUGUCACUACUGAGCUGAGGGAGGUCUCCCUUGAUGAAUUGGUGUCAUUCCUGGAUGAGUUCAACCAUCACAUCUUUGAAAUGGUAUCUUCAAAUGACAUCAAUGAGAAAAAAGGUGGCAUUUAUGCUAUAAUGAGCCUUGUUGAUGUUGACAUUGGCCAAACUGGAGUCCGUAUCAGCCGCUUCGCUAACUACUUGAAAAACCUUGUUAACAGCCCAGACACAGGUGUGAUGGAACUAACAGCAAAAGCUGUAGGUCGCCUUGCUUUGGCAUCUGGAACAUUCACAGCCGAGUAUGUUGAAGACCUAGUCAAGAGAUCCUUUGAGUGGUUGCAAGGAGAUCGUAAUGAAGGAAGAAGACAUGCUGCUGUACUAGUGCUCAGAGAGUUGGCCCUUUCAGUACCUACAUACUUUUUUCAACAAGUUCAGCAGUUCUUGGAUGUAAUUUUUCAUGCUGUAAGAGAUCCGAAGCCUGCAAUCAGAGAAAAUGCAGUAGCGGCACUGCGGGUUGCACUUACCAUCACUGCGCAGAGAGAGACUAAAGAGAUGCAGCAAACAAUGUGGUAUGUGAAAUUCAAAAUAUUUUUUAAACCACACCAGCCACCUCCCACCAAGGUACAGUAACCCCCAUAAAAGAGA